AUGAUGAUGGAAAAAAAAUUAAUCUCAUCCGGCUCUAAACAGGUUGUUUCUUGGAAAACUUCCCUUUAUACCCCUCAAUUUGCUUCAACAACUGAUACAAUAAGUGAAGGGUCAGUUCUUUCUAUUCGAUAUUCCCUACAUUUAAAGCUAAUAGUUGUUCAAAGAUCAAAGAAUGAGAUUGUAAUUGUAUUUGUCAAAACCAGGUUACGCCUGGAAUUGAGAUUUGGUGUAGGACCUGUUAUGUAA